AUGGCCGCCAGCAAUUUGAUUUGUGUCAUCUUCAUGAUGCUGCUGGUUAGCUUGUCUCCGGCGGCCGUUCAGUCGAGCGGCGGUGGUGGAGGAGUGGAAGGCUGGUUACCACUCAGAUCUUCAUCGGAAGGGUUGAUUUCUGAUGUAAUGGCUGCCGAUGGGGAGGAGUUCGCCAUGGAUUCAGAGAUCAGCAGGAGGGUUCUGCAGUCGUCUGGCAGGUACAUCAGCUAUGGAGCUCUCCAGAGAAACACUGUUCCUUGCUCGAGGCGUGGCGCUUCUUACUACAAUUGCCGAGCCGGAGCUCAGGCCAACCCCUACUCCCGUGGCUGCAGCGCCAUUACCAGGUGCAGAAGCUAA